GCGCCUUAAGGUCGAAACAAAUCAUAGAUAUAUAGACUAUAUUAUAUAAUGUUAUUAUCAUAUUAUAAUAUGGUAAUUUUUUUAAAUGAUUGUGAAAUUUAACGAUGCAGCUGAACGAUGAAACGUUACACAACCCUUUGGUGGACUCCCAAGAAACGCAACGUUCCUUGGCGACUCCGUCUUAAUUUUUUAAAAAUAAAAACCCUUGGAAAGGAAGCGUCUCUCUCAAGAAACCUCUCCUCCUCUUUGCUUUCCCUUUCCCCUUUCCCCUUUUUUUCUCUGUAAACUCCAUACCCGUUUUUCGAUUUUCCAAACCCAGAUCCCAGUUCUUGAUUCGAUCCGGAUCCUAUUCGUUUACAGCAUUACUUUGAACGAAACGGGAAGUGUUUCAGUGGUGGCUUGAUUCGAGAUGCUCGGGAAUUUUGUCACAAGGAUUCUCAUAUUGCUUCUGGGUUACGCGUACCCCGCAUUUGAAUGCUACAAAAGCCUGGAGAAGAGAGAGCCCGAGAUUCAUGAGCUUAGAUACUGGUGCAAGUACUGGAUCUUGGUGGGUCUUCUGACAGUUCUUGAAAGGAUAGGAGACGUAUUCGUUUCAUGGAUUCCGCUCUAUGGGGAAAUGAAGGUUGCCAUCUUCGUCUACCUAUGGUACCCAAAGACUCAGGGAACUGGUUAUGUCUACAAGACUUUGCUCCAACCCUAUGUGUCGAGGCACGAACUAGACAUCGACAAAGGCAUUGCAGAGUUUAGGAUCAAAGCCGGAGACAUUCUCGUUCGAACCUGUCGAUGCAGCUUCCAGUGGAUCCAAACAACUAUCCCUCGAAUCUUCGAGGCCCUGCAACAACAAUUCGACAUCAACCAGGUUGAAAAUAGAAGAUGAGUUAUGCAACAGAGUCUUCACUUUCGAAUGCUCGACCAACUCGACGGAACAAUGGAAUUUUACAAUUUCGGUGUGAAUGCGGACUACCUAUAUCAAGAAAGACAUCGAGAACAGACAAAAAUCCUGGAAGAAUUUUCUUUUCUUGUGACUCGCAAGAGAGAAAUGGUUCUCAUUUUUUCAAAUGGCUUGACGAUGCGAUAAUUGAAGAGUUGGAUGGUUUCCGUGAUGAGUUACAUGAAGUGAAGAUGGAAAAGAUGAUGGAUGUUAAGAUGGAGAAGAUGAUGGAGAAG